GUCAUGUUUAAGCGACAGCAAUUCUGGAGCUCCAUGGCCAAAAGGGGUGACUUCAGUUUCGUUCUUCUAAAUGUUUGAGUCAUUUUCGCAAAUAAGACUGUUGUAGUACAGAGGACCAAGACACUAUAAAAUGGCUGACUAUUGGAAGUCUCAGCCUAAGAAAUUUUGUCAAUACUGCAAGUGUUGGAUAGCAGACAAUAAACCGAGUGUUGAAUUUCAUGAAAGGGGGAAGAAUCACAAGCAAAAUGUGGCUGCUAAAAUCGAAGAGAUUAAAAAGAAGAGCAUGGACCAGGCCAAGAAGGAGGAUCGCAUGUCCAAGGAGUUUGCAGCCAUGGAGGAGGCAGCGAUGAAAGCUUACGAGGAGGACAUGAAAAGGCUUCAGGCAGAAUCAGGCGUCACUGUGGAGCCCCAGAGCAAAGAAGUCCCGGAGGCUCCGAGCAAAACCCAACGACCUCAACAGCAACAGCAACAGCAACAGCAACAGCAACAGCAACAGCAACGCAAGAGGCAGAAGAGGCCGCGGCCAGAGGCCAGCAGCGACAGAGAAGCAGACGCUUGGGUGGAGGGCCUGACUGAUGACGGACACAUUUAUUACUACAACACAGGCACAGGAGAUACACAAUGGGACAAGCCCGAGGGAUUCCAAGGUCCGAGUCAAGCUUCAGCCCAAGAUGGACAACAGAAUGAGGUGGGCUCCCCGUGGAUGGAGGCAGUGAGUCCAGAUGGGUUCACGUACUACUACAACACAGACACCGGCGAGUCCAGCUGGGAGAAACCUGCAGACUUCCCCUCCCACGGGAACGCAGUAGCCGAGGUGGAGGAGAAGGGGGAGCAGGAUGACCCCGAUGACCCGUCGCCCCCCAAACCGUCGCCCCUGUCUGAGAACGAGAGCAGCUCGAACGGAGAGAAGACCUCUGGGGAGGCAGCUGACCAGCCCGACCAGCCCAGAGGCCCCAAGAUCAGCUUCAGGAAACGAAAAGAGGAGAAGACUGAGGGCUCCGACGAGGAGAAAGACGACGAUGAGGAAGGUGCGGAGGCCAAGGGAGAGGAAGGAGGAGGUGCAGGAGAGGAGUCAGAACAGGACAAAGAGAAAAAGGAGGAAACGCCCGCCAAGAAACCACGCAUCAAUCCCUACGGCCUGUGGGAGUGUAUCCAGCAGGAGGAGAAUCCCUAUGAGAAUGUGGAUCUGCAGUUGCCCCAGGUGGACACAGGUGGCGCUGCAGCGGCCCCCACAGAGCUGCCCCCCGAGCCCAAGCCCAAGUUCAGGGAGCGCACCAUCACCUCCCUGGGAGACGACGGGGGGGCCGACGGGGGGGCGGGGGCCACCUUCCGCAAGAGGAAGACCGACAACGGCAAGUCCAGAAGCCUGCGGCGGCGCGGGAAGGACGACUAGGAGGCUCCGCUGGACGCUCUUAGACUGGACACGAGCAGGACGUCAGCGGACAUUUAGUCCCGCCCUCUGGGCAGCCCGUAGUCCGGCAUGUUGAUGAUCUGUGUGAGCUGUGUGGCGUCGUCUCAGACGUCUCUGCACACGUGUAGUUGCUUAUGUGUGGGGGGGGGCUCAAGCUGCAGCUCCAGGGUCAGUUGAACGCUCCGCUCGACGAGAAACCAAGAGCUAAGAAGUACACAUUCUUUAUAAAGGAGGGUUUUUUUUGUCCUUUCUCAAAUCUUUAAUUCUUCUACACAUUUGAUUAUGGAGAUUUUUAUCCGUAUUUUUUUAAUUUGUUGUUGGUUGUCAUCCCUCACCCCCUCCACAUAGAUUCAUUAGUGUGUCUUGUAUUUAUGCAAAGGUAUUUUUCUAAGAUUGGCUUGAUAAGUGACAUUUAGUCUGUUGAGUUUGUGUUGUCAGUAGAGUAAAGUAAAGUCUCCCUGUGUGGAUGUAGCUG